UUUGCUCUCGCUCUGUUUCGUUAGACUUCCUUUAUAACUUUUGGACUCCGAAAGCUCGGGGAAGCGGCGGAUCUCCCGGAGGUCGGCUUAUUUCUCAGAGGUUUCCUGGGCCAUCCAACUGCACCGUUGUGAUGGCGGCUGCGCAACUGACGGAGGGGACCAUCACAGUGGGUGGACAGACCCUGUUCUACCGGCAGGGCAUGCCUGGACAGCAGCGCCCUCGGCUGUCUGUCUUGCUGCUGCAUGGCAUUCGCUUUUCAUCAGAGACCUGGCUCAACCUGCAGACUUUGUCACAGUUGGCGGACGCGGGAUACCGUGCUGUGGCUAUUGACCUGCCAGGAUUUGGCCAUUCAAAAGAGGCUUCUGCCCCAGUACCUGUUGGAGAGCUAGCACCUGGCAGUUUCUUGAAGUCUGUCUUCGAGGCCCUCCAGUUUGACCAGGCGGUGGUGAUCAGCCCGUCUCUCAGUGGGAUGUAUUCGCUUCCGUUCUUAUUCCAGCACAGUGAGCUGCUCAAGGCCUAUAUCCCAGUGGCCCCCAUCUGCACGGAGAAAUUCCCGGUCACGCAAUACGCCAGUGUCAAGACACCAGCCCUCAUUGUAUAUGGGGACCAAGAUACCCAGCUAGGAGAGAUGAGCCUGAGCAACUUGAAGAACUUGCCUAAUCACAAGGAGAUGAUGAUGAAAGGGGCAGGCCAUGCCUGUUACCUUGACAAGCCGGAAGAGUGGCACCGUGGACUGCUAGAGUUCCUGAAGAGCAUUGAGUGAAGAGCAGACAGCUCUGUGUCCUCCCAAGCAAUCUGUGAUCACCGACUUCUCCCGUCUGUCUUCCUGGCCUACACUUGCUGAGUAACAGGGUCUCUUUCUCCAGUUCUCUCAACAACCUGAGAAGGAGCUUUGUUCCUUUUGGGUUGUCCAAACAGGACGGAUUAGGAAAUGGAUGCUCCUGCACCUGGAGCAUGGCCCUUGCUUCAGGUUUCAUUCAUUGCAUAGUCAGAGUGACCAGCCCUGAUUUCUCCUUCUUUAACCAUGAGAUGCAUUCGGUCACUCUUACUCUCAUUGUUCAUAUGCAGAUGUAGGGAUCUGAUGGAUGUAUUGGGACCUAGGCUGCAAUUCUCCCAGCAUGAAGUCCACCUUUCCCUUUUCCUCAUUAUUCACAUAUGAUGCUGAUUUUUUUUCUUUAUAAUUAAAUGAAUACAAGACUAAAGAGCUGCCACUACGGGCUGGCUAAGAUUAUGUAAUAAAGCUAGGGGAACAUGCAGUUCCCCAACCAAGCAGUCCACAAUGACCUGCAGAACAAUUUGUACUCUCUACAGUCUCAAGCACUGACCCUUCAGCAAUUUGACAUUUUAUAGGGCUGGUACGAAUGACACAACAACCCACCAUGGGUUAAUUUACCUGCGGAUGCUUUGGCAUUGUGCUGAAGUAGCCAACGUGGCUUGUCCUGUUGGGUGAAAGAAGUUGGAUACCCUUCAAAUAAUUGUAAAACCAUGUUGUUUAACCCUCAACAGUCCCUGCUACCUGGGUUCACACAAUACAACAAAUCAUGGCAGAUUGGGUGCCCAGAAACACCCAGCACAGCACAACAGCACUGUGGGCCAAUCAACCCGUGGCAGGCUGUUACGUAUACAAAAAGGCUGUUUGUUUAUGUUCAAACUUGCUUCUUUCUGCUUUGGAGUGGCAAAACUACUCUACAAGGUGGACCCAGAGGCAACCCUACACUCUGUGAUGAACACCGAUUGGAAUGUGACAGCAAUAAUGCUGAUUUCAUCCUCUGUAACAUUAGAUAGCAUCCGUUUGUAGGAUGUUUCACUGGGGGACUUAGAAAGGAGUACCCAGGAGAUUCUCUGGGCUACUCCUUUCUGUGUGCCACCUUCUCCUUUGAAACCAGUCCUGUGACUACACAAUCUGAGAAACUCCUGCCAUUCCAGGGUAACUGGUAAAAUGAUGUGGUUUCCAGCAGCAUCUUAGAUGUUUAAUAAAUGGUCAGUGGGAAAAGGCAACAUCAUUUGUCCAUAAUUAAAGCAAUAGAGGAAAUAUCAAGGCACUCUCCCUUGUCCAUUUGGAGAAGGUCAAGGCACUCUGAAAGGAGCUGUUGCUCAUCCGCUUUGAGAAUGAGGAUAUUCUGUGGCUGCUCCACAUCUGAGCCAUUCUCUCAUGGGUAUUGUGAAAGGGACCACUAGUUAACAAAGACAGUGCGGGCUUCCAAGCACAAGGCUGGAGCAGGAAAAGGAAUUAAAUCAAAUGGAAUCAAUUGUGUAGGUGCUGCCUAGAUUUCAAAGGCGUUCCUGCUGAAUGAUAUACUGUUUGUCAAAACUGAUAACGUGAUCAAAUAAAUUGAUUUGUACCUCU